AUGACGACUAAGAAGAACAAGAAAUCUCAAGCUAAAAAGAUCGAUCAAGAGCAAUUGCAUGGCUUUGAGAAAUGGAUUAAGCACUACAGCAGCAACCAAACCAUAGUGCUAGUCGGAGAAGGAGACUUCUCGUUUGCUCUUUGCUUAGCUAGACAAUUUGGCUCUGGUAGGAACAUGAUUGCAACUUCUCUCGACUCCAAAGGGGAGUUGAUCAAAUAUUCAAAAGCUAUGAGCAAUUUGAGGGAGUUAGAGAGCAGAGGAUGCCAAAUUUUGCACGGGGUAGAUGUCAACACCAUGCUCCAUCACCCUGAACUUAUUAAUAAACAGUUUGAUCGAAUAAUUUAUAACUUUCCUCAUGCUGGUUACUUGAAAGGCCGCCGUCGUUCAUCAGAAAAGAAUAAGUCCCAAAUUUUGUUGCAUCAGAGUUUGGUGAGGGGAUACUUCAUGAACUCACGGGAGAUGCUGACUAAAAAUGGAGAAAUUCAUGUCACACACAAGACAUCAUAUCCUUUUAGUGAGUGGGAAAUAAUGGAGUUAGCAGAGGAGGAUGAGUUAUUCUUGGUUAAAGAAGAAGAGUUUUACAAACUGGAUUAUCCGGGAUAUGAAAACAAGAGAGGAGAUGGGAUUUGCGACGAGUCAUUCCCUGUUGGGAAGUCUAGCACCUUCAUCUUCGCCAAGCGGUUGUACCCUAAUACGAGGUUCCACCCAGGUACUUUGAGUAUCAGUACAUGGCCUGCUGAUAUAAUAGAUAUGGCUUGCACCUAUUUAGAUAGCUUGGAGAUGAAGAAAUCCAACCGCGGCCAUAAAGCCUAGGGAGUGUGUUCUCCUAUUGAUACUGGGUCUAUGAUAGAUCAUCUUUUGAUAUUUUUCCAAGCCUAGCUUACUAAAGGAACUGUGACAUAAUUGAGGGGAGCAACAUGAUUAUAUACUUGAGA